AUGAGUCGCCCUCUCAUCGAUCUGCUGAAGAAACAAGGCGUAUUAGCACCCGGAGUGUGUGUGGCCGCGGACACUGCAUUCCCUGUCAAGAACGGAAACUACAGUAUUGUAACCCCCCUCAAGUCGGGGGAUCAUGAAGCAGUCACGCGAACUAGCAACGCCAUCACCUCUUUGAGGCAGGCUGCUGAGUGGGGCAUGGGAUCCGCCCCAAAUGUCUACCGCGCGCUGGCUUUACCACUUCCGUACAAUCCAAGCAUUCGGGCUCGCCGAUUAAGCACGAUCUACCGCUUGUACAACUUUAGAUUCGUGUUGCUGUUCACGCUUGUGAGCUUCGCGUUCGCGCUCCUCACGGUCCUUCAGCUCGUGACGUCGUGUUUCGUCAUCACGACGACGUUGCUCGGCCUGCUCCUUCUUCGAUUCUUCGCGCUCCAAAAAUUCUUGGCGGCGCAGUUCGGCCUGCUCCUUCUUCCACUCGAAAUCCCGAGCACGAGCAUCACCUUCCAUUUUUAUCCAAAUUGA